AUGGCGUCUGUCAGAAUAGCCGCUGACCCUCGUCAGCAAUUCACGCAGUACGAAAUUGACGAGCUUUUAUCGCGUAUAUCAUCGGUAGCCAGCAGCAACGCCGUGGACGCGAUAAUGGCGUCAGGUGCAGCGCGGCAUUUGGCGGUGCGGCUCCUCACAGGCGAGACCGCCACAGACGAGCCCCGACCGCACAGCGCGGCGGCUGGCGGGCGAAGGGCGAACACGAGGUCGAACACCACGGGGCGGCCAGCGGGUCCCGUGCCGCAAUCGAUCUCGUGGGAAGGCCCUUCGGGAUCGUCCCCUUCCCCACGUUUUACUCACACUCCGCGCUCCCCGGCUGCUCGAGUCAAUGCGCUGGACACUUUCGACCCCGCGGAGCUUCGGAUGAAUAAUUCCGCCUCGCGGACGCAACCCGAUGCGCAAGUCGCGCGUAGGAAGCUUCAAGGAAGGUCAUUCUCGGCCCAAGCUGAGCGGCCUCGCUCGAGCGGCCGCGUGGGCGGCAGCAGACGCGGCGCUGACAGCACCUCUCCGGGGUUGAUUAGUCCGUUGGACUUGCGGCGGCACGCAGAGUCAGAACGCGCUGAGCAUUCCACGGGAGCAGCGCGCGCGGCGCAGGGAGAAGCGGGCAGGGUGGGUGAUCUGAGGCGCAACGUGCUUGAAAAAUCGCUUUCCGAUCGGCCGGAGCGCCCCUUGACGGCCGCGGGGAGGUGCGGCAGCGGCGGCAGGAGACUGAGCAGCGGGCUCGGGCGGCAGACAGUGGGAGACGAGCGCGGAAGGAAGGGGAAGGAGGCGGGGGUUUGGGCGGUGUGCGAUAGGCUGAUGGCAGAAAACGACAAGAGCACGACGCCGAGAGAGGGCGGUGCGGGGAGCCCGAAGGGGGACGCAGGGGAACAGAGACGGACAGGCUUGAAGGAUGUGCGGGGAGGUGACGCGAGGGAGAAUAGUGCACACGGCGACUGCUGCAAAGCUCAGGAGAUUCUGAUGCGGCAGGUGGACGGGCUGACGCGGCAGGUGGAGGAGCUGACGCGCGCCAACGCGCAGCUGAGGGAGAUGCUGCAGGUGCGGUUGGGGGAGGUGCAGCGCGCGGAGGAGGCGCUGAAGGUGGCGCAGGGGGAGCGCGACGCCCUGGCGCAGGAGAUGGAGGCCGCCCUGCACACCUGGAUGGCCCCCACGCCCAGAGCCGCCACGCCUCGGGCGGAUGUGACGAACACGAGCGUGACAAUAGAGGAGCAUGUGGCAGUGGUGGCAGCGGUGGAGAGGGAGAACCAGGAGCUGUGGGCGAUGCUGGAGGGGCUCAGCGCACAGAGGGAGGCGGAGCUCAGGCAGACCGAGGGGCUCCGCAUGAGGGUCAAGUGCAUGGCAGCGGCUGCUGGCAGCAAGGGUGGUGGCGGGUCACCUGAUGGUGGAGCUUCCCCUUCCAGAAACCAUGGCUCCAACACGACUUCGGGACGCAACAACAAGUCGAGCAAGAAGACGGACAAUGAUGCUCAUGGAAAGGAGACGGGAGAGAUUGUACCUGACGUACCUGUGCCGGACGCUGCUGGACCUGGCAAGCCUUCCACUCCACGGCUCCCUGCUGUGAUUGGACCCUUCGAGGACCUACAUGACCUGCAGGACAAGGAGGAUAAUGCGGACGACUCCGGUGAUGGUGACGCUGGUCAAGGAGAAGGAUCUGGACCCAAGGACCAGAUACCAGAAGGGGAAGCUGCUGCUGCUGGCGACAACAAAGACGACGACGAGGAGGACUUGUCAGACCUGGUCCCAGAGGAUGAGGAUGAUGGAUAUCUAAGUGACGACUCGGACGAACAUCUUGAACCUGCUUCGCUUACCAGUGCUUUGGCUUUAAAACGCUUCACACUAACCUUACUGGUGCCGAUCUUCAGGAAAGCGGAAGUCAAGCGUGCAGCGGUAACGAUUGCAGCUCUGCUGGACGACUGGAGGGAUCAGUUGUCCCCGGAUGUGCUGCAGACGACUACUUACCAGGAUCUCACGCCAACAUAUUUCUCCGGCAAUCGCUAUGGUCGGCUGCAGGUCACCUUCAAUCAUGUCAGAGAUGCUAAUUACGUCUGGAAUCAAGUCAUCAAGCACGAAUGCGUAAAUGGAGACAUCAUUGAUCUUACCUGGCAAUACCCGGAAGAUGCUCGCUUUCUUCGCGAGCGGGUUCUGAACCCUUUGGCGCAGGAGGUUGUUGUUAAGGGUGUGCCAGCCGAGAUCACUGCUGAGCUUGUCCGUCAUCUGCUGGUGGUAUCGAAGCUGGUUAAGCGUGGCAGGAGUGCCUUCGCCAGCGGGUUUGGUUUCCACCGUACGCUUGACCCAGUCACUGGACUUGACACAGACCGUAUUCGUGGCCUGGUUACCCCUCAUGCUGACGACGAGUACCGCUGGAGGUACUUCGUGGAAGACCCGACGACGAAGAAACGCUACCUGCUUCAUUAUCCGUCACUCACAUGCGAGCUCUGCAGCGGUCCACACCUGUCCCGCUAUCAUGACCGCUAUAUCACUACAAGGCAGGAGAACUUCACCAACUGGAACCUGUCGGUUAAAAAGGACCCCGCCGUUAUACUCACCUCCACAGGAGGAAUGCAGGAGGAGUGGGUGUGUGUGCAAACCGUAUGCGAGAAGGCGCAGGGGAAUCGCUUCGAACAAGCAGCGGCACAUGUUGCAUCUGCCAGGCACAAGGGGGGUCUACGUACAGAAGGAGCGGCAACACGUGCCAGCAAACACUCUCAGAAGAUGGCUGCCUUCAAGAAGGAUUUCAUGGUCAAACCGGUGGUGAAGUAA